AUGUCAUUCAAUUAUACCGACGCAGAUUUUGGAGGAUUCGGCUUCACGGAGUCCACUAUAAACACAUGGAUUGCCAUUGCUGACUUUAUCAGUUCAAUUUCGAUGACUGUAGUGACUUAUGAGUUCUAUUUGGCAUGUGGAGGAGUCGUCGCAAAUGUGUUUCAUCUUUUGAUUCUCCUUCAAAAAUCGAUGAGAUCCAAUAGUGUGAACGUGGUAAUGAUCGGAAUUGCUGCCUGUGAUUUAUUCAGUAUGGGAUUCACUGUAUUUUCAAAUCUAUUGGUAUUGGUAAAUUCGAAUCCCGAAUGCUGGAACUCUUCCAACUACUCAGUUAUAGUUAUACAACUAUGGGGAUCUGCUAUAAACGACGACCUUCGAAGAAUGACUCCAUGGCUUGGCAUCCUAAUGGCUGUUAUACGAUUUUUAAUUAUCAAGAACUCCUUAAACCCUAAAUUCCAAAAACUCUCUGACCCUAUGUUCAGUGUUACAAUCACUCUUAUCACAUGGAUUCUUAGCACACUAUGGUCAAUGUUUUAUUUUCUUAGGUUAUCAGUAACAGAUGUGGGAAUACCAUGGGAACCAGCUCCAACCUGUACCGCGUUUCCUCUAAAUUACACUGAACAUCAAUAUGAUUUCACUAUUGACCAAACAUACAUGAGUAACGCAGUUUUUAUCAUCAAAGUUUAUCUAAUCAUAGAUGGAAUUCUGAAGAUCAUUCCCACUAUUAUGUUUCCCAUUUUGACAUUUCUACUGAUUAGAGAACUGAAAGCUGCGCAAAGUUCUCGACAAAAAAUAUCUGCGGCUGUUCAGAGGAAAGAAGAGAGCACCCGUUCGGACCAUACAACUAGUUUAGUCAUUUUGAUGACUGUAACUUUUAUGACCGGUGAAGGACUUCUGGGAAUUUGUUAUGUCGUACAAGGGCUCAUCACCAGUUAUCCCAUAUUUGUACAAAUCGUCACUGACCUCAGCUACAUUUUUGGAAUUUUCGUUGCUCUGAACUCUAGCACCCAUUGCCUCAUUUGCCUUACAGUAUCCUCACAAUACCGUCGAACAGUCAAAUCUCUAUUUUUAUGUGAAUCGUGUAAACCAAGAAAAGCAUCCUCGAAGGUUUGCGUCUCCGCAAAAGCUAGUGUAUCAAGCAUGGCUCCUGUUACAUGA